AUGUUUUAUAAGCUGUGUGUACUCAUCUAUUUGUGUUUGAAGGGGUUGAGCAUUGGCUGGCUGGUGUGUGUGUGUGUGUGUGUGUGUGUGUGUGUGUGUGUGUGUGUGUGUGUGUGUGUGUGUGUGUGUGUGUGGAGCCAGGAUAGACCCAGAAUCUGUUGAUGUAGAGCUGAGAGUGCUCAAAUAUAUACAACGUCAUGACAUGAUUAGUUUUAUAUUAGUUCUACAGCUAAUUGUAUCAGCUUAAUACUGUGAUACGUAUUGUGUCUUGACAGUAUAUCAUCUUUAGCAUUCUUAGCAAAGUGUCACUUUAUGCCUAAAAUGUAAUGUUAUAUUUAGGUUCCUAUACACCUGUUUAGUCUUGCCAACACUGAAAAAGUCUGGAAAAGAAGUUAACAAUUAAGAUUCUGAUUGUGAUGAGGCCAACGACUUUGGGGCUAUUAUUGUGACUCUCUUAUGUACUUAGUGUACUGUACUUUUCAUGUACACUUUCCCAAUUAUAAAUGUACUACCAUUUGUGAAUAAAGUUUUUGAUUUCAUUUGAAAUAAAGAAAGGAGAGAACGCAGGAGAAAUAAUACCAAGGGAAAAGUGGCGUUUAAAUGAGGACGCAGCUUAGUGCCUCGCAUUGUUUAUUUUCUGGCACCUGUUUGGCCUUUUCUCCCGAACACAAACAGUCAAAAUCAGAGAAUGUGAAAGUUCUGAUUUUGAUUUUCACAGAACUCUGAAAGUUCUUCCGUAGUUCUGACCGUUAACGUCCAGUCCCAAAUCCUUAUCCUGAUCCCUUCCCUGUGCUAUAUAGUCGUAAUGGCUUAGUGCUUCUCCUGAUAGCUUCCUUCCUUCCUCCUUCCGUAGUUCUGUGAAACCGCAACACUGUUGCUAUGAAAGCCGCUGUAACGAAUGGUCGUCUAAUUAAGGUAAGAGGUUGUAUGAAGUAUUGUCUGUGGGGUCUUGGUGCUGCAGAUUGCGUCUAUACCGACACACCUGUAGCCUCAGUUUUUGAAGGGGGAAGAGAAGGGAACUAUCAGAAGAGAAUGCGCCAAGCCAUUAUGACUAUAUGACGCUUGGAAGGGAUCAGGAUAAGGAUUUGGGAUGGGACGGAGGGAAGAAAUGGUGCCCACCCACUUGGACGGUUGGGGAUUGAACACCGACCUGCAUGAAGCGAGACCGUCGCUCUACCGUCCAGUCCAAGUGGUUGGAGUGGAGAGAAUAUUUCCCGUCAAUACUCCUCCGCCGAACAGCGUUCUAAAACAAGAGACUGAAGUAAUGAAGAACAACAACAAGUAUUCCUUUGCACAUGUACUUCCCUGGAAGUGAAUUCUAAAUAUUUUUUUCCAGCAGGUAGACGAAGCUACUAUAUAUAUAUUAUCACACCAAUAGAUGGCGGUAAAUCGUAAUAUUUACUAACUGCAAACCGGACUAGGACAGGGCUUCGUACCUGGUUGUCGAAAUAUAUAGUUCAUUUUCUUCCUUACUUUAGUAUUAAUCACCGAAAAACAGGUUUAAAUAUAAACUGGUAUGUUAAAUAUAAAUUUUAAUUUUCUCUAAUAAAUUAUAUGAAAUUAGUGGAGUAACACUAGAGGUGAGAAGAGGCUCACCACUGGGGUCGCCAGACGUCAAUUGAAUGACUGUCUGGUAAUUGACGUCUGGUGACCUUAAUGGACAUCUGUUGACGCCAGUGGUGACCAUCUUCUCACGCUGUACAUUAACGGCGGUGGAGCCCACACCGCCGUCUCCUAGGACUGCCCAACAAGGCAGGGAGGGCUGAAAAAGAUGUCAGAAGCAAGACCUACCACUAUAUCCGCCCGAAUGCAGAGUUCAACAUUCCAGUCGUCAGUGUUCCCUGCGCUGCCAAGCAACAAGGACUCCUCCGGACGAGGAGGAGGACUCCAAGGACACCACAGCCCACCUCUCCCAGGACCCAGGAUGAACGGAAUAUAACGUAUCUGGCGGGCGGCAGCACCGGACAGUGCCCAGAUGGACGAUCGUGGCGGUGAUGGCAGCCGCGUCGACGGCAGCUGCUCUCGCCUUCCUCUUCCUGUGGCAGACCACGACCCAAGUCUACCCCGUUACCAAGUUCGAGGACAAACUUAAGGAGGUGUGCGCGAACCCUCGCCUGCCUAUGUUGGAGUACCGGGGAGUAGAGAGCUUCUUCCAGUACCUCACCAACCCUGAUGACGACCACUGCUACUCCUGGGUAGAGUUUGGCGGAGAGAAGAUCCCAAUCGCAUCCCAGAGCGAGAAGGAGUGUACGGAUGAAGUCCGGAAGACUAAGUACAUCUGCUUUAACGAGGAGUACGAGAUGACGCUGGACCCGUGCCUCGUGUACAGCUUCGCUAAGGACGCCGACAACCAGUUCGAGCGUGACAUGCAGAUGUUUAGCUGUGAGGUUCAUGCCUUCGACCACGAAAGGGUGACGGAGGCAGAGCAUGUGCAGCGGUCAGAGUUCUGGCGAGAGCACGCCUGGAACAUCGCAGAGUUCCCCUACGACAAACCCGAGGAGGGAGGCAGUGUUGAGCGCCGCCGCUCCCUCGAGUACAUCACCACUGCCCUCAGCCACACCGGUCGCCAGAUAAAGUUCCUCAAGAGUGACAUGGAAGGUCGCGAGUGGAUUCUUCUAAAGCAGGUCAUCGCCAAUUUCCAGAAUUUGGACGUGAGGCAGAUUGGCGUAAGGCUCCACAUCCCCGUCACUGUCAACCAGAAGAGUGGCGAAACUCGACAUCAGUACUUCGCCAAGCUCUUCCAGGUGUUCCAGGGUCUUCAGUGUGCAGGCUACAAAUAUGUGAUGGGUCGAGCCGUGAGGUACUACAAGGGCAGCCUGAGAAUACCUGAAAUGGGUAACAAAACCUACUUUCCAGCCUAUGAAGUCAACUGGGUCAAAAUUCUUUAGUUGCCAGUCUCGCAAGACCUACUUCAGUCUACAAGGCAGAUGCUGUAGUUCUACUACCAAGCCAACACAAAUGAUAAUUCUAGAGCAUCCAUCAGAGCACUAAAAUUAUACUUAUUUUUUAUUAUAUUUAUAGUAAGAAACAAGUCUUCUCAAUCCAGUGGUACCAUACACACACACACACACACACACACACGAUUCUUUCUUUCAUAUUAUCUGUAAUAAACCCCUUCUGUACUUGUUCCCCUUCCAAAGAAAUAUUGAACAUCUGUCCUCCUCUGAUAACUAUAGGCAAUUAAUGUCCAUACAUUCAUCAGAAACUGAAGAAACAACAAUGUUUCUUCACUUUCUGAUGUAUAGUUUGGACAUCAUAUCUUCAGCCACGUAUUGACUCGUAGUCUGUAUUAAGGCUAUUGCUCUAAACACAUUAUAAUGUAUACUCAAAUAUUUUAGUCAUUUACUAAUAGCUAACAAACUAGAUACCUUUGACCUUUAAAUUAAUAUACAAGAAUAGUUACUUAAUGACAGUGAAGUUGGUGGAAGCUAUUCCGUACCGUACUUCUAUUCGAGAGUAGUUCUGUUCUCUCUUCCUUCAUGCCUCCAAAGAUUUGACAAUGUUCCAAAAUGUUAAACUUUCUUAUGAAUAGCUUAGCAGAAAAGUACAUCUUGAAAUCACUAAAUACU